UUAUUUUCAUUUGUUUUGAAAUUGAGAGUAAAAAAAUUCCGGCGGCGAGAGACGCAGAAGCUCUUAUAAUUGUUCAAUAAAUUAACAAAGAAUAAACCACGUAUCAUCAAAUUGGUUUAAAAAUAAAAUUGCCAGUUAAUAGAAUUUUGUUAUUAUUUUUGUAGUUUGUAUUAAAACAUAAAAGCAUUUCCUGUGUUGUUUGAAUCAUGAGUGAAAGAGAAUUCAAAAAUCCUUACCAAGACUAUGAUGAAAGUUUCAAAAUAUAUGAUCAUGACACUGGCAGGUUGAUAAAUGAAAUUGAAGGUCCUUUGACAGAGAAUGUAUUCAUCUUGCUUCAAACUCUGGAAAAACACCUGGCUUCUGAUAUUGAUUGGUCUGACUCCAGCGUCUACACAGGAACUUCUGGCAUUGCAUUGUUGUACCUUCGCUUUCUGGAUAUAAAAAUAAUUGAAGGGAAAGCUGGGAAGAAAGACUUUUUGAAGGAUGCCCUGUCUUAUGUGGAGCCUGUAAUUCCCUACCUUAAAAAGAAGAGAUUCUCUUUCCUAUGUGGUGUACCUGGACCUCUGGCCAUUGCUUCAGUUCUUUUCCAUCUCAAAGGACAAUAUAAAGAGAGCAUAGAUCUUGCUAGGAGAUUGGAAAAUUUGGAACGGGAUGUAUGUUCCCCUUCAAGUGAUUGUCCAGAUGAACUUCUGUAUGGUAGAGCUGGAUUUCUUUUUGCUCUACUCUUUCUUCAAAAGUACCUCCCAGGCCCUGAUGAAUUCCGAGAAAACACUAUCAAAGAAGUAGUAAGUGCUAUUCUAGCUUCUGGACAGCGUAUGGCCAAGAAAUUCAAGAACACACGUAAGAUUCCCCUUUAUUAUGAGUGGCAUGAGAAGGCAUACCUUGGAGCAGCUCAUGGGUUUGCUGGAAUUCUUUACAUGCUACUUCAAGCAAAACAGUAUCUUAAUCAAGAGCAGUUGGACACUCUGAUCCGUCCAACAAUUGAUUUCAUUGUGAGCCAGCAAUAUCCUUCAGGGAAUUUUCCAUCUUCUUUGGGGAGUCCUAGUGACCGUCUUGUACACUGGUGCCAUGGAGCACCUGGAGUGGUGCACCUCUUACUUCUUGCUCAUGAAACGUUUCCUGACGAUACCAAAUACUUAGAAAGUGCAAAACGCUGCAGUGAUGUCAUCUGGCAACGAGGACUUUUAAAGAAGGGCUAUGGCAUCUGUCAUGGAGUUGCUGGCAAUGGCUAUGCACAACUUAGACUCUUUCAAAUCACUAAAGAUGUCAAAUAUUUGUAUAGAGCUGUUAAGUUUGCUGAAUGGUGUUUCGAUUAUGGGAAGCAUGGAUGCCGCACUCCCGAUAGACCAUUAUCUUUAUUUGAAGGUUUUGCUGGUACUAUCUAUUAUCUUUUGGAUUUGUUGGAUCCUCUACAUUCAGCUUUUCCUGCAUUCCAACUUUUCUGAAACAUUUGUAUAUGGACAUUUGAUCAAUAAAUCUCAUAUCUCUAACUGGAAUGGCUUAACGCUCUCA